AUUGUUGUCCAUAUUAUGGGAUACGGCUCCCAACCAUGGCUUGACUUGGUCCCCCUUCUCACAUUGGUUUACAAUUCCAAUGUGAUGAAUUUCUGCAACAAUGGCAACUUUGGCCGAGAGCAGAAACCACAGGAAACUAAGAGUCUAGAAGAAGAAGAAGAAGAAGAAGAAGAAGAAGAAGAUAUUCUAACACUUUGCUUUCUUGUAACCUUAGUUCUUCAACGCAUGGAGGGAGCUCAACAACGGCAACAACCCCAAAUCCAUGAUAGGAUCAAUGCACCGAAUUCGUCUGAGAAUGCAAAUGUCAAUGACCAAUCACCAUCCCCUCGACUCAAAAUUUACAUGUGGUGGUUCAGAAUGACAAUUUACACAAUUUUGGUCCUCGCCUGCCAAUCGGUUGGUACAAUAUUAGGAAGACUCUACUAUGACAAAGGUGGCAAGAGCAAAUGGAUGGCAACCUUAGUCCAAACAGCCGGCUUCCCAAUCCUCAUUCCCUUCCUAUUCCUCUCAACAACACAAAACAAAACCCCCACCAACAAUGAUUAUCAAACAAAGUCACCUUCACCCUUAACACUUGCAUCAAUCUAUGCUUUUCUUGGUGUCUUUCUAGCAGCCGUCUGCGUGAUGUACUCAAUCGGGCUCUUGUACCUCCCCGUCUCCACGUAUUCUCUCAUCUGCGCGAGCCAGUUAGGCUUCAACGCCGCCUUCUCCCGCUUCCUCAACUCGCAGAAGUUCACUGCCCCCAUAGUGAACUCCCUGGUCCUCCUCACCAUAUCCUCCGCCCUCCUAGUCUUCCACGCUGACUCCUCUGGCUCGACCAAGGCUUCCAAAGGGAAGUACAUUAUCGGCAUCUCCUGCACCAUUGGUGCGUCUGCAGGCUACGCGUUGAUGCUGUCGAUGACACAGCUCUUCUUCAGCAGGAUCAUUCGGAGAGCCACUUUCAGGGUGAUGCUGGACCUCAUAAUCUACCAGUCACUUGUUGCAACAGGGGCAAUCCUGGUGGGGCUUUUCGCGAGCGGGGAGUGGAAGGGGUUGAAGAAGGAAAUGGAUGAAUUCGAACUGGGGAAGGUUUCUUAUGUGAUGAACUUGGCAUGGACAGCAAUCAGUUGGCAAGUUUUCUCCAUUGGUGCAGUGGGGUUGAUUUUUGAGGCCUCUUCUCUGUUUUCCAAUGUGAUUAGCGCUGUUGGUUUGCCGAUUGUUCCGGUUCUGGCUGUGUUCAUCUUCCAUGACAGGAUGGAUGGGGUGAAGGUAGUAGCCAUGGUGUUGGCCAUUUGGGGGUUUGCUUCAUAUGUGUAUCAUCACUAUCUUGAGGAUUUGAAGUCUGAGUCUAGGCGUGGAAAUGCAAGUUAGCUCAGUUUCCCUUAAAUUUUAAUUGUUACUUGAUGAUGAUGGAGGCCAAAUGCAGUUUGUUUUGAUAUGUUCAAGCAAUGUAAGACCUUCUUAU